UGCUUCAUGUUAAUUAAUUUAAUUGAAUCAAACUAUUUCAAAAGUGGCAAAUUGGAAUUGGUUAGUAUAUGUAAUAUGUUUGUGUAUGUGUAAGUGUAUGAGUUUUAUUCAUUCCUAGAUGCAAAAUGGCUGUGCCGCAGUCAUGUUACCUAAAAUCAUUUCCGAGCGUUUAUACCGGAUUUGUACCAUUCCGAGGUUUGCAAUCAUUCGUUUUUUCUAACCCAUUUGAAAUACCUACACGCACGGUUACACUUUUAACACUACUGAUAUUAUAAGAAAUCUUUUAGUAUUACAUUCAAAUGCCUUUUUUUAUACCUCUUUCAUUCAAAAUAGCCCUUGCAGCAGGCGCAUUUGCGGGGGCAACUAUAACUGUGAUGGCUCAUAAGGAAGAAAUUCUUCAAAUAGCAGAAGACUUAUUUGAAAGAGGAGCUAAAUUUUGUAGAGAUAAGUUAGAGGAAGCCAAACAAGCAAAUGCUGCCGCCCAAUAUGCUUAUAACUUUGAAGAUGGAGAAUUUGAUAAUUAUGAAACAGAAGGCGAAGUAAAUGAUUCAUCAGGAAGAUCAACUGGAUUUUCAACUCCUGGUAGUCAAAGUGAUUAUGAUGAAGCAACAACACCCUCAGCUACUGAUGAUGAGAGUUGGGAUGACCUCGAAACUCAAAGUCUUGAUUAGGUAAAGUUUAUAGGUUCAAAGGGUUAUAUUAUAUUUCUACGGUAAAUUGUUGAUUCAU